AUCAACAAUAUUUGUCGCAUAUUUGCAAUCAUGGCAACAAAAGAUUCAGCUUCAUUGCUACUUCUUCCCCUCCUAGUAUUGUCUCUAGUUGAGCUCUCUCUUGCUGGUGGCAUCGCCAUCUAUUGGGGUCAAAACGGCAAUGAGGGAACCCUCAACCAAACAUGUAACUCUGGGUUAUAUUCUUUCGUAAACAUAGCCUUCCUCAACAAAUUUGGCGGUGGCCGAACUCCACGACUGGACCUCACUGGUCACUGCAACGCUGCUGCCGGAGGCUGCAAAAUCGCUAGCGGUAGCAUAAAGAAUUGCCAAAACAAAGGAAUUAAGGUGAUGCUUUCCAUUGGCGGUGGCCUUGGAGACUACUCGCUAACUUCUAAAACUGACGCUAAAAACACUGCAGCUUACUUGUGGAACAAUUUCCUCGGUGGGAAAUCAGCUAAACGACCAUUAGGGAAUGCUGUUUUAGAUGGAAUCGACUUUGACAUUGAGCUCGGUUCAACUCGAUUUUAUGAUGAUCUUGCACGUUAUCUGAAAGGAUACAGCAAGCCAGGAAAGAAAGUUUACUUAUCAGCAGCUCCUCAGUGUCCAUUUCCUGAUAGAUACAUGGGGAAAGCGCUCGACACAGGGCUUUUUGACUACGUUUGGGUGCAAUUUUACAACAAUGGACCGUGCCAAUAUAGUUCAACCGCUGGCACCAAGAACCUUAUAGCUUCAUGGAAGAAGUGGAAUUCAUCUUUAAAGGGGGGGAAACUAUUUUUAGGGUUGCCGGCGGCUCGGAAUGCGGCCGGAAGCGGGUAUGUUCCUCCCAAGGUGCUGACUUCACAGAUCCUUCCGGUGAUAAAGAAGUAUAAGAAGUAUGGUGGGGUGAUGCUUUGGUCCAAGUACUUUGACAAAAUAACUGGCUAUAGUUCCGCCAUUAAGAAGAGUGUGUGAAGUGUUAUCAAUCAAGAAUAAGUUGUUAAUGUUGUUGUUUUAGUACGUGUUCUGUACUAUCGAAUAAUGAAGAGAUU